AUGAAGGAGGGCGACGUGCUUAUUGGCCUUUCGUCGUCUGGACUGCACAGCAAUGGCUUCAGUUUGCUUCGCUCAGUAGUCCAGGCUGCGGGGAUCCGGUAUCAGGCGGCGGCACCUUUCGACCCCACACGGUCCUUCGGAGAGGUCCUUUUGGCGCCUACGCGGAUCUACGUUAAGACGAUCCUUGCUCUGGCGAAGGAAGGUCUCCUUCGUGGCGCUGCACCGAUCACCAGAGGAGGCUUGUCCCGAAGCGUUCCGAGGAUUUUGCCCAAGCACUUGAAGGCGCUGGUCAAGGCGGAGAACUGGGAGCUUCCUCCCCUCUUCCGCUGGAUCGCCGCGAGGUGCAACAUCCCCUGCGACGAACUCGCUGCGACCUUCAACUGUGGCAUUGGCAUGGUCCUGAUCACUGCGCAAGAGCACAAAGACGAGGUCAUGACACGCCUGAAAGAUAUGGAUGAGGAGGCCCACAUCAUCGGGGAGCUCCUGCCCAGAAAAGAUGGUCAGGGACAGAUGCACAUC